AUGAAUGUCAGCCAAACAUUUAUUAAGGAAAGCAUACAUUUCUGUUAUGAAUCCUCAAACAAGUCAUGUCCAAAACAUGUUUAUUCAACUACAGUAUGUGUUCCAAUGUAUGUUUUAUUAGGGAGUAUGAUACUCCUUACUGUAUUUGGAAAUCUUCUUGUCAUCAUUACUAUAGCUCAUUUCAAAGAACUCCACACUCCCACCAACUAUCUUGUCCUCUCCCUGGCUGUCGCUGACUUUCUCCUGGGGGCAGUCAUCAUGCCACCUAGCAUGGUUCGCUCACUGGAGACCUGCUGGUAUUUGGGUAACCUGUUCUAUCGAUACUAUGCUGUCUGUCAGCCUCUCCAUUACCAUACAAAAAUCACAAACAGUGUUGUUCUGACCAUGAUCAUAAUCAGCUGGACUCUGUCUGCAUUACAUGGGUAUAUGAUGGUAUUUAUGAAUUUGAACACCUUGGGCAUUGAGGACAUAUACAAUCAGCAUUUCAACUGUGACGGAAAAUGUUUUGUGAUAAUAAGCAGGAUGUCAUCUUUGAUUUCAUCUGUUUUAGCUUUUGUCACCCCAGGCCUUCUUAUUAUUGUCAUUUAUCUGAAAAUCCUCAUUAUUGCAAGGAGACAAACCUGUUCUAUUCAAAGCAGAGUGUGCGCAAAGGUGAACCUCAAAAAAAGGAAAAUCAGUUUGAACAAGACAGAACCCAAAGCCACAAAGACAUUUGGAAUUGUUGUUGGUGUUUAUCUUGUUUCCUGGUCCCCUUUGUUUUUAUGUAAUUUUGUUGAUCCAUUUAUAGUUUUCUCCUCUCCACUUGUUCCUGAAGUUCUUAUGUGGCUUGCCUAUUUGAACUCCGGGAUAAAUCCGAUUAUUUAUGCUUUUUAUUUCAGUUGGUUUAGGAAGUCUUUCAGAGCUAGUUUUGAGAAAGUGUUAAGGUAA